AUGAAUUCAAAAACCUAUUCAUCAGCCUACUCACAGAUUUAUUUGCCAGAAAUAGAAGAAAAAGUUCAAAAUUUAUCUAGCAUGGAAUUUAAGUGGUUAAAGAUACUAAGACAAAUGUCUCGAGAGGAUUUAGAAUCAUUAAAGAAGUAAUUAAGAAAACAUCAAAGUUUAUUAAAGGAAAUUAAAAAAUAAAACGAAUAGCAAAAAAAUGAUGAAAGUUGA